AUGCAGUCCGAACCCAAGCCCGCGCACGACGUCACGGCGCCCGACGACCGCGCCACCUGGACCGGCAGGCUGAAGCAGCGCUUCCCGGUGCUGCGCAAGAAGCGCGGCGUCGCUCUCGUCGUCGCGCUCGCACUUUUACCUCUUCUCGCCCUGCUGGGUCUGCUGGCGCUGCGGAAUCGCGGCGGCGGCGGUGGGAGUGGUGCCGAUGCUGCGGGGGGUAAUGGUGGUGGUGCUGGGGAUGUGAUCACGGAUGAUGCGUUUUUCUACGGCCAGUCGGAGCCCGUGUAUCCUUCUCCUGCGAUGACGGGAGUGGGGGCGUGGGCCGACGCGACUAAGAAGGCGGUUGAUUUCGUCAACCAGCUUACCAUUGAGGAAAAGGUCGGACUAGCUUCCGGCGUCGUGUCCUCCACGGGAACAUCCGGGACGCUGAACGGCUGCUCGGGCAACAUCGCGCCCAUCGCGCGUCUGAACUUCACGGGCAUGUGCCUCACCGACGCGGGCCAGGGAGUGCGCGCCACCGACUUCGUCAGCGGGUUUCCGAGCGGCAUCCACGUCGGCGCCAGCUGGAACAGGGCGCUGGCCCGGCGCCGCGCCGAGAAGAUGGGGCUGGAGUUCAGGGUCAAAGGUGCGAAUAUCGUGCUCGGACCGGUUGUUGGACCUGUCGGACGCGUGGUCCGCGGCGGUCGUGGUUGGGAGGGCUUCGCGGUCGAUCCGUGGCUCUGCGGUGCGCUUGCCUACGAGACUAUUACGGGGAUCCAGUCCCAGGGGGUUAUCACCAGUACGAAGCACUUCAUUGGAAACGAGCAAGAGACGCAUCGGCAGCCGAACAGCGAUGGUAUUGAAUCUGUCUCGGCCAACAUCGACGACAAGACUAUGCACGAGCUCUACCUGUGGCCUUUUCAGGACGCAGUCCACGCUGGCACAGGCAAUAUCAUGUGCUCGUACAAUCGAGUAAACAACUCCUACGCCUGUGCGAACAGCAAGACUCAGAAUGGACUCCUGAAGACCGAACUGGGUUUCCAGGGCGCAGUCACCUCCGACUGGGGCGCUCUCCACGCUGGAGUAGCGAGUACCCUGGCUGGAAUGGACAUGGUGAUGCCCAACUCGGACCUCUGGGGAGACAGAUUGACAGAGGCAGUGAAGAACGGAUCGGUGGCCGAAGGCCGGCUCGAUGACAUGGCGACGAGAAUCAUGGCCUCAUGGUAUCAGAUGAAGCAGGACGAGGGCUUCCCCGAGCCUGGCGUCGGCAUCGCGCCUGACCUGACUCAACCACAUGAUAUCAUAGAUGCUCGAAAUACCUCAUCACGGAAAGUUCUGUUGGAUGGUGCCAUCGAAGGUCACGUCUUGCUCAAGAACAUCAACAACGCCCUACCUCUCCAGAAGCCGAAACUUCUUUCCAUUCUCGGCUACUCAGUAAGGAGCCCCGACCAGUGGAAUUAUAAGGCCAACGGCGGUGUGGCCGCGUGGACAUUUGGGGGCGAAUCAUCAUACUUGGGUCGCGACACGAACGCUGGAUUUGCCGGCGAGUGGAAUUCCAGCUUCUCACAGAUAGCUCCUAAUGGCACGCUGUUUAGUGGCGGAGGGUCUGGAGCGGCUACCCCUGCGUCGGUCAGCUCGCCCUAUGAUGCCCUCGCGCAGCGGGCAUACGACGAGGGCACAGCGAUGAUGUGGGAUUUCUUCAGCCCAGAUCCAGAUGUCGUGGGCGUUUCAGAUGCCUGUCUCGUCAUUGUGAAUGCCUUCGCUUCGGAGGGCUUCGAUAGACCUGGCGUUCGCGACGACUUCACGGACGGUCUCAUCCGUCACGUUGCCGACAGAUGCAACAAUACCAUUGUGAUUUUUCACAACGCUGGUGCGCGCCUGGUCGAUCAGUGGAUCGACCAUCCGAACGUCACGGCACUCAUGUUUGCCCACCUGCCGGGUGAGGCGUCUGGUCGGGCUCUCGUCUCGUUGCUCUACGGUGAGUCGAACCCGUCUGGUAAGCUGCCCUAUACAGUAGCGAAGAACGAGUCGGACUACGGGCACCUGCUGGCGCCCGAUAUAGGUGAAGGUCAGUAUGAGCGGUUCCCGCAGUCCAACUUCUCGACGGAGGGCGUGUACAUCGACUACCGUCAUUUCGACGCCCAGAACAUCACGCCGCGGUACGAGUUCGGCUUCGGGCUCUCGUACACGACGUUCGGAUACACCAACCUGCAGGUCUCGGUGCGCGACGGCGCUAACGUAGACGAGUACCCCACGGGCGCUGUCGUCGAGGGCGGCCAGGCCGACCUCUGGGACGUCGUUGCGACGGUCAGUGCGGAUAUCACGAACACGGGCCCGGUGGACGGCGCCGAGGUGGCGCAGCUCUACGUUGGGAUUCCGGGUGCCCCAGAAAAGCAACUCAGGGGCUUCGAGAAGCCGUUUGUCAACGUGUCGCAGUCGGCCACGGUGCAUUUUGAGUUGAAUAGGCGCGACCUUAGUGUUUGGGACGUGGUGGCGCAGAAGUGGUCGUUGCGGAAGGGGGAGUACCGCGUCUUUGUUGGGGCGAGCAGUCGGGACUUGCCGCUGCAGGGCACUUUGGCGAUUUGA